AUCAUUUUCCUUUUUUCUCCUCUUUUGAUCAAUUUCACUUAGUGUCGCUUUCACGAGAUACAUAUCGUACCUCCGAUAAUGGCGGAGGAAAUCGGAUUAUUCGAGCUCAACACCGGAGCGAAGAUACCAUCAGUCGGUCUCGGAACGUGGCAGGCUGAUCCUGGUCUCGUCGGAAACGCCGUCGAAGCCGCUGUUAAGAUCGGCUAUCGGCACAUUGAUUGUGCUCAAAUCUAUGGAAACGAGAAGGAGAUUGGGUUAGUCCUGAAGAAAUUGUUCGAUGAUGGAGUUGUUAAGCGUGAGGAAAUUUUCAUCACAUCGAAACUCUGGUGUACUUAUCAUGAUCCUCAAGAUGUGCCAGAGGCUCUGUACAGAACUCUACAGGAUCUACAGCUUGACUAUGUUGAUUUGUAUCUCAUCCACUGGCCUGUUAGCCUCAAGAAAGGUUCUACUGGUUUUAAGCCAGAGAACAUUCUGCCAACUGAUAUUCCUAGCACAUGGAAAGCAAUGGAAGCACUCUUUGAUUUGGGAAAGGCCCGAGCUAUUGGUGUAAGCAACUUUUCCUCAAAGAAACUCGCAGAUCUCUUGGAGGUGGCUCGCGUCCCUCCUGCUGUUAACCAGGUGGAGUGUCACCCUUCGUGGCAACAAACUGUGCUCAGGGAUUUCUGUAAAUCUAAAGGCGUUCACCUCUCUGGAUACUCUCCGUUGGGUUCUCCAGGGACAACGUGGCUUAAGAGUGAUGUUCUAAAGAACCCGAUUCUAGUUGCGGUUGCUGAGAAGCUCGGCAAGAGUCCUGCGCAAGUUGCAUUACGCUGGGGUCUCCAAAUGGGUCAAAGUGUUCUUCCAAAAAGCACCCAUGAAGACAGAAUCAAACAGAAUUUCGAUGUUUUCAAUUGGUCCAUACCACAUGACAUGUUAUCCAAGUUUGCUGAGAUUGAACAGGGUAGAUUGGUGAGAGGCAUGUCAUUUGUUCAUGAGACUAGUCCUUAUAAGACUCUUGAACAACUUUGGGACGGUGAGAUAUGAGACUCAUCAUUGGAUGUGCCAAAUCAAUUACGGAUUUGUCAUAGAUCUAUUUAUUAGUACUGUAACUUGUUUCCUAGAGAAAGAUACACCAUUUUACGCAUAAUAAACUCUCUCAAAGUGAUCCUCCUA